ACAGGACAGGAGAGACCAGGGCGGAGUUGGUCCAGAGGAGCUGUAACCCUCUCAGACCCAGAACCCCGGGAGAAGAGAUGAUGAUGGUCGCUGGUAACGUUAGUAAACACUAACCAGCUAGCGGCUAACACGCUCCCCGGGACUACAACACUGUUUACUACCAGGCUGGUUAAACCUCCCCUGUGAGGCGAUCAGACCACCAACAAGAGCAGAGCCAUGCAGCGUGGAGAAGCCUGACUCCGGCCUCUACCACCAUGGAGUCCUCUUCUGAGUCCCAGCAGGAGCCAGACAAAACUUUGCCCCAUGCAGAGUCCAGAAAGCAUCAUGCCACCUCCGCGGUCGUAGCGAGCGGGGAUGAUACCGUCCUUCUGACCCCCGGCAGCAUGAGCCAGAGGCCGGUGAAGGAGAGGGACAAGGAGAAGGAGAGAGAGAAGGAGAAGGAGAGGGAGAAGGAGAAGGAGGCAGGUCUCCUAACACCCAGCAGGGAGCACGUGGCCACCCCCUCCGGCCUCAGCCCAGGGGUCAGCUACUGCCAUGGUUUCGAGAGAGGGAAGGAGGACCUGUUGUCUCUGCCUUUGAAAGAGGACUCCAACUCCAUUUCUAAAAGCAAGUCGGAGACGAAGCUGUACAAUGGCUCAGACAGGGAUGUGUCAGCGUCUGGAGGAAAGCUCACCAAAAAAGAGUCGCUCAAGGUGCAGAAGAAGAACUACAGGGAAGAGAAGAAACGGGCCACUAAGGAGCUGCUCAGCACCAUCACGGACCCCUCGGGCAUCGUCAUGGCCGACUGGCUAAAGAUCCGUGGCAGUCUAAAGAGCUGGACCAAGCUGUGGUGUGUGCUGAAGCCAGGCGUCCUUCUCAUCUACAAAACCCACAAAAACGGCCAGUGGGUGGGGACGGUGCUGCUCAACGCCUGCGAGCUGAUCGAGAGGCCCUCCAAGAAAGAUGGCUUCUGCUUCAAGCUCUUCCACCCCCUGGAACAGUCAAUCUGGGCUGUCAAGGGUCCUAAAGGAGAAGCUGUGGGUUCCAUCACGCAGCCGUUACCCAGCAGCCACCUCAUCUUCCGCGCCGCCUCUGAGUCUGAUGGCCGGUGCUGGAUGGACGCCCUGGAGUUGGCCCUGAAGUGCUCCGGCCUGCUGAAGAGGACCAUGAUCCGGGAGGGGAAGGAGGACAUGAGCACCGUGUCCACCAGUGGAGAGCAUUCUAUUAACUUCUACAGUCUCCUCCGAGCUCACAACAUGCACGGGUUCCAGUUCAAUGACAGUGACCAUUUGAAAGACCCAGACCUGUACUCAGACAAAUCUGACCGGGAAGGAGAGCAGGACCACGAGGAGUCGGACCCAGAAGGCCUGGAGAAGAGCGAGGAGAGCGACAGCGACACGUCGGAGCGCCAGGACGACUCGUACGUGGACAUGGACCCCAACGAACAUCUGAGGGAAACCUCGUACAUGGAGCAGUCCCACGAGGAGCUGGGGGAGGCCGGCGAGGCGGCUCAGACAGAGACGGUGUCUGAGGAGAAUAAGUCUCUGAUCUGGACGCUGCUGAAGCAGGUCCGACCCGGCAUGGAUCUGUCCAAGGUUGUACUGCCUACUUUCAUCCUGGAGCCGCGCUCCUUCCUGGACAAGCUGUCGGACUAUUACUACCACGCAGACUUCCUGUCAGAAGCGGCAGUGGAGGAGAACGCCUACAACCGCAUGAAGAAAGUGGUGAAAUGGUACAUCUCUGGGUUUUACAAGAAGCCAAAGGGUCUGAAGAAGCCGUACAACCCCAUCAUCGGGGAGACGUUCCGCUGCAUGUGGCUCCACGAGAAGACCAACAGCAAGACCUUCUACAUGGCAGAGCAGGUGUCCCACCACCCGCCCGUCUCAGCCUUCUACGUCAGCAACAGGAAAGACGGCUUCUGCGUCAGCGGCAGCAUCCUGGCCAAGUCCAAGUUCUACGGAAACUCCCUGUCUGCAAUCCUAGACGGAGAGGGCCGGCUCACCUUCCUCAACAGAGGGGAGGACUACGUGAUGAAUAUGCCCUACGCUCACUGUAAAGGUAUCCUGUACGGAACCAUGACCCUGGAACUGGGCGGUCAGAUCACGAUAGCGUGUGAAAAGACGGGCUACAGCGCUCAGCUGGAAUUCAAACUGAAGCCGUUCCUGGGCAGCAGCGACUGCGUCAAUCAGUUCAACGGGAAGAUCAAGCUGGGAAAGGAAGUGCUGGCCACGCUGGAGGGACACUGGGACAGCGAGAUCUUCAUCAACGACAAGAAGACGGGGACGGUGGACACGUUCUGGAACCCCACCCCGGAGCUGAGGCAGGACCGGCUGACCCGCUGCACCGUCCCGCCCGACGAGCAGGGGGAGUUUGAGUCCGAGAGACUGUGGCAGCACGUGACCCGAGCCAUCAACAACAAGGACCAGACCGACGCCACCAACGAGAAGUUCCUCCUGGAAGAAGCUCAGAGGAAGUCGGCCCGCGAGCGCAAGGCCAAGUGUGAGGAGUGGAACCCCGCCCUGUUUGAGCAGGACCCGGUCACCGGAGAGUGGCAUUACAAAUAUGCCGACACACGGCCCUGGGACCCGCUCAACGACCUGAUCCAGUUUGAGAAAGACGGCUGUAUCCAGACCAAGGUCCGACACCGCACCCCUAUGGUACGUUCUGGCAGUCUUAUUAGUCUGAGUAACCAGGGGCCGCGGAGGGACAAUUGCAAGUGCCAGGUAACGGUGCCAAAGAGGAAACACAAGAGCGACAAGCCCAAGAGCCCGGAGAGCGGCUGCUCCUCACCAGAACCGGACCGCCAGGACUCCUCGGGCAGCGAGCGACACAAAAGCAAACACAACAGUCGGUUGAGGAAAAAAGGUGCCGACCUCGGAGAACUCCAAAGUGCCAUUGAAUCCAUAAAGCAGACGCAGGAGGACAUUAACAGGAGCAUCGCUGUUCUGCGGAACCGUGCCGUCAGCCGGACGGAGGGAAGCUCCUUCCUCCGCCAGCGCGACUACGUCGUCAUCCUCUUCCUCAUCGUCCUUCAGGUUCUGAUCAACUACGUCUUCAAGUAGCAGCCAUAAGCCGGAGCGAGUGCGGCUGAAGUCGAGCCAUCGCGGCGCGGAGCACUUUGGCCCAUGGACUGGGACCUCUCAGGACGACGGUGUCCUCCACCUCUGUCCCUCUCUGUCUUUACUAAACCCUGUCCUCGUGUCCAGAGUGGGAGCCUCCACUCCACAGACUUUUUACAAACUCCUGUGUAUUUAGAAACCGGUCCAUUCCAAGUCUCGGGGGAGAUCCACAGAUUUCAAAGCAAGGCUGCGGCUGGAGGGGGGAUUUUGAUGCGACGACGCCUCGUCUGCCACCCGGGAGCUCGUUCAUUUGCCUUGAUCUUAGAGGCACAAGCAGCAGCCAUCUUUUUUAGCAGUUUCUUUUGUUUCUGUUGUGCUUUUUCUGACGGAGAGACGCUGCUCUGUUGAAUCACAUUUCACCUCAGAUGACAGGGAACCUUUGAAAACAGAAACAAGGAACACAACUCAGAAUGUAACACAGAUGUGUGCGAUGCAUUACAUUUUAAUGCUUUUUUUCUAACGUCUUGGUUCUUUGCUUUACAUGUCAUUUAUAAACAGAAGUCUGCUUGGAGAAACAAAAGGGAGAAAAAGUGGUCCAAUCAAUGUUAUAUAUAUAUAUAUAUAUAUAUAUAUAUUUUUUCUUUCUUUUUUUUAAUUCUUAUUAUUAAAUACUCUGAUAUGGGCGUUGGAUUCCAUGUGUGAACAUGUAAGAGAAGGAAAAAGGUAUAAAUGUCUCAGAAACAGAACAAAAGGCUAGAUUUUGGAGCAAUCUGCAAACCAGUAUGGUUCGGACUUCAGCCCUUUGUACAGUAUUUUAAGGCAGAAAUGCUUUUGAAAUUUCAAUCGUCUCGCCCCUGGCGCCGUGUUUAUGGGUUCCCCCUGUGAUCGGUCGGAUGCUUUCAUCAACAGCGGGCCACAAAGUCGCUUUCUCUCAGUUUUUUUCCUACAUUUCAGUGACCGCUCUCCUCCCGGCGUUCGGACUAAAUGAGCUGAUGGAUUUUGUCCAAGCAUUCCCAGCUGAUUUUUCUCUACUAGAAAAACACAAAAUCAGCCAAGGUUAUUGAGCUGUCUCAGGUCUUAGACCUAACUUAGUGUUCUCCUGGAAAUAUAUCUACUUUCCUUCCUGUCUACAGGCAUUUCAAAUCACCCAGCAGCCUCUGCAUAAACAGGAACCAGCUGCCUCUUCUGCACCUGAACGCAGCGCUGAAGUCCACUAAUGCACAUCUUGUGUCUUUGUUAUCAAGUCUCCACGACAACCACAGUCUAAAGAUGAUAUAUUGAAGUCUGACAAGGGUUUAAGUGUGGAGCAAUGUCUUUUUAUCACUGUGAAACUGCCGUCAACUUCAAGUAGUUGUUGUCAUACUUACUCAAUACGCAGAGGCAGAUCAAAUAAUCACACUUCUAACUUAUGGCAGGAGUGAAAAUAUACAUAUUUCCCAGAAUCCACCUGGUUUCUUACAGGUUUUCAUUGUGUGAGCAGAAUAGAGAAAAAAAAUGCUCCCCAGUUUUAACAGCAGACUCCAGAUCAGACCAGGGAGACGUCUGUCGACGGUCAGAGCAUCCGUCAGCUCUUCCAGUGCAUUUGAGCCUCCGAUUUUUAACCGGGAGAACUAGAAUAGUCACUUUAGUAAACUACUAGCGAGAGGACAUAGAUUUGUAGACUUUUUCCUACUGUAAUUGUGUUGAACCAUUCCAGGUGUAGAAGUAACAGCCGAACCCGGUGUGUUGACUAGCAGUCAGUCCUGAUCACUGUGUAAAUAUUCAUUGGGGGGGGGGCAGCUCCUCCAGAGUAGUGCACAUCCCCCCAACAUUAAGGUCUGCAGUAAAGACACUAGAUGUUUGCACAAAUCCCUCUCCUCCACGUUUGUGUCUAUCCACUAGAAACAUGUUGCAUAAGCAAACAUUCCCUCCAAACAGCCUCAAUAGUUCCCCGGGAGGAGUCUCCAAAAGUCUUGUGGGGAUCCGUCGUUCUUCCAAUUUGUUGCCUUCGUCUUUUAAGUCUCAAAAGUUGUGUGUGUGUGUUUUUUUUUUGUGGGCCUAAACACUCGAGUAUAAAUGAAACUACCUGCACAUGUCCAGCUUUAGAUGUCGCUUCAAAACUCAACAUUCAGAAUAAUUCUUUGAAAAUGUGGCCUUUGUUUAAGGACUGACGUGUUUAAGGACUGAUGUGUUCAAGGACUGAUGUGUUUAAACACUGAUGUGUUCAAGGACUGAUGUGUUCAAGGACUGAUGUGUUCAAGGACUGACGUCUUCAAGGACUGACGUCUUUAAGGACUGAUGUGUUCAAGGACUGACGUCUUUAAGGACUGAUGUGUUCAAGGACUGACGUCUUUAGGGACUGAUGUGUUUAAGGACUGAUGUGUUUAAGGACUGAUGUGUUUAAGGACUGACGUGUUUAAGGACUGAUGUGUUUAAGGACUGACGUCUUUAAGGACCGAUGUGUUUAAGGACUGAUGUGUUUAAGGACUGACGUGUUUAAGGGCCGAUGUGUUUAAGGACUGACGUCUUUAAGGACUGAUGUGUUUAAGGACUGACGUCUUCAAGGACUGACGUGUUUAAGGACUGAUGUGUUUAAGGACUGAUGUGUUUAAGGACUGACGUGUUUAAAGACCGACGUGUUUAAGGAUUGAUGUGUUUAAGGACUAAUGUGUUUAAGGACCGACGUGUUUAAGGAUUGAUGUGUUUAAGGACUAAUGUGUUUAAGGACCGACGUCUUUAAGGACUGAUGUGUUUAAGGACCGACGUCUUUAAGGACCGACGUGUUUAAGGACUGAUGUGUUUAAGGACCGAUGUGUUUAAGGACUGAUGUGUUUAAGGACUGACAUCUUUAAGGACUGAUGUGUUUAAGGACUGAUGUGUUUAAGGACCGACGUCUUUAAGGACUGAUGUGUUUAAGGACUGACGUGUUUAUGGACUGAUGUGUUCAAGGACUGACGUGUUUAUGGACUGACGUCUUUAAGGACUGAUGUGUUCAAGGACUGACGUCUUUAGGGACUGAUGUGUUCAAGGAC